AGUUUCAAUAAAUUUUUAUAAAAAUGCCUUCUAUCAACCCGGAUGCUCAACGUGCAUUGACUGAAAAACGUGGAAAAGAACUUGACAAAUGGAUUGAAAUGAAAUGUGUUCGAUUUAUGAGCGGAAUAGAACCCUUUUCACCAACGCUUUCCGAUUUGCCUACAGAAAUAAUUCAUCAUGUUGUGGAAAAGAUGCAGUCCAUAGAUCGACUGAGAGCGAGGAAAGUGUGUCGCAGUUUGAGAUCUGCUGUCAAUAAAUUUGGAUUACGUUUUGACCACAUCCUUUUGUACUUGCAGAAAGAAAGCAUCGAAAUAUGGUUAGGUCGCCCUAAAACAAUAUAUACUACUGCAGCAAAUGGCAGUUUAAGUGUGAUCCACAAUAGACAGGAAAAGUUAAUUGAUGGAGAAAACUUUGUGGAAAGAGCGGCCAAGGAUUUUAAGAUAGUAUCAAAUCACGCAAGGGAAAUUAAAAUUUGGAAGAACACGUAUGAUAGACGCGAUAUUUUUACAACGUUCACAGCGUUUCUGUGUUCCAAAAAGUGUAUUCUCGUGGAAGAACUAAUUCUUUGGGACUUCUCGUUAGAUGAAAUCCUCACAAUUCUUUCAUGUUUUGACGCAAAUGUGCUCAAAAAGCUCGAAUUACAAUGGAUUGAGUCAGUUGACCAAUUCAAGCGAAUAACUCGUUUGGAGCAUUGGGAAAAUACAGAAGAACUCAAAAUUUGGGUUUCUAACUUUGACAGUGCAAUAAUUGUCUAUUGUUUUCAUUUCAAAUGCUUUGAUAUUCACAAAUUGGACGAAUUUCCAGCACAUAUCGCGAUACAAAUAAGAGAUGAUCUUUUGAGAAGCAGUACAUUUCAUAGUUGUAAUAUAUCUUUUGACAAAUCAAAGUCAAAUCCGAUUGAAAUUGCAAGAAUGUUCCAACCGGACUAUGUCGGCGGCAAUGAAUUUAAAAUUGAAUUUUCAAAUGGUAACGACAAAUUUGAUAUUUCGCUUUGGAACUUUGAUGCAAACAAUUAUCAAUUGAAUGUGAAAAGAUUGUGAGAAUCAAUUUCCAUUUCGUUGUAAGUGGAAAAGACUCAAAAAGUUUUUUCCGAAAUUUGUAUUGUUUUGGUUUUUCUUUUAUGAAAAUAAAUACAACUAACCCAUU